CAAAGAAGACCUCAAAGUCUGGAGAAAAAUGACCUUUCAAGGAAUACGAAGUCUAUGUCCUGCUACAUGUUUUUGUCUCACUAACCUCUGGUGACUGAGACACAUGGUCCUGGGCCUGCAGACAGUCCAUUGAUUAUCAGACCCCUCAGCAUGCAUCAACUCUUCAGACUCGUCUUGGGACAAAAAGAUCUUUCACGAGCCGGCGACCUCUUCUCCUUAGAUGACUCUGAGAUUGAAGACAGCCUGACAGAAGCCUUGGAGCAAAUUAAAAUCAUUAGCUCAUCUUCAGAUUACCAAACCAAUAACAAUGACCAAGCAGUGGUUGAAAUCUGUAUCACACGAAUCACAACAGCCAUCAGAGAAACAGAGUCGAUUGAAAAGCAUGCAAAGGCCCUUGUGGGGCUCUGGGACUCCUGCCUGGAACACAACCUGAGACCGUCCGGGAAAGACGAAGACACUCCCCACGCAAAAAUCGCGUCUGAUAUCAUGAGUUGCAUUUUACAGAAUUAUAACCGGCCCCCUGUGAUGGCAUUAGCCAUCCCUAUUGCAGUGAAAUUCCUCCACAGAGGCAACAAGGAACUGUGCAGGAAUAUGUCCAACUACCUGUCCCUGGCUGCAAUUACCAAGGCAGACCUCCUGGCCGAUCACACAGAGGUUAUAGUAAAGAGCAUACUCCAAGGUAAUGCCAUGUUGUUGAGGGUGUUACCUGCUGUGUACGAUAAGCAGCCUCAGCCAAUUAACAGACACCUGACAGAACUCCUAGCCUUGAUGUCUCAGCUGGAACAACCAGAACAGUACCAUCUUUUACGGCUUUUGCAUGUAGCUGCAAAGAGGAAGCAACCGGAGGUGGUUCAGAAGUGUAUUCCUUUCCUAAUCGGGCAUUUGAAGGAUUCGACCCAUAACGACGUCAUCCUAAGCAUCCUCAUAGAGAUAGCAGGCUAUGAGCCAGUGGCUUUGAACAGUUUUCUUCCAAUGCUGAAAGAGAUUGCUGAGAGAUUCCCCUACCUCAUUGGACAAAUGGCGAGAAUCUAUGGAGCUGUUGGGCAUGUGGAUGAAGAGAGAGCCAGGAGCUGCUUGCCGUUCCUGGUGAGUCAGCUGGCCAGCAUGGAGCACUCGUUUCACCAUAUUCUCCUCUUGGAGAUUAAGAGCAUCACGGACACCUUCUCCUCCAUCCUGGGCCCUCAGAGCAGAGACAUCUUCCGCAUGAGCAACAGCUUCACUGCCAUUGCCAAGCUCCUUACGCGACAACUGGAAACCACCAAGGCCAGAAGUGACAGGAGAAAACCCAGCACUGAAAUCGAAUUUCUUGAGAAGCUGGAAGAAGCCAGCCUCACUGUUGAUGAAAAUGAAGAUCAUGAAAAGCUCCAGGUUAAAAUACAGGCUUUUGAAGAGAAAAUAAAUGCUGAGGGCAACACCCCUGGCUCAAUCAGAAGAUAUAGUUUGGACCAAAUUUCUAAGGAGGAAAGAAAAGACAUUAGAUUUAAUAGGUCAAAGAGUUUGGCUUUGCACACCGCGCUAACGAAUGACUUGAGUUCAGAGGAUGGGGAAGUUGUAGAGAGUGGAGAUACGCCAGCCAGCAUCUCUCUUUCAGAAAUAGACCCACUUGGCCAAGGACAUGACAGGUCGCCCUUUAAGGGAGACACUGAUGGAUCACAACUGGUAAAUUCUUCAGUUUCACACCCAAGUAUUAUACAUAUAGAAUCUGAGAAUUUGCCAGAAACAGUUAAAGAAAACUAUCAGGAAGAAACUCCAGAUACAACCUCAAGGCCUGUAGAAUACCAUGAUAAGCUCUACUUGCACUUAAAGGAAAACCUCAGUAAAGUGAAAGCAUAUGCUGUGGAAAUGGGAAAGAAGAUUCCAGUCCCUGACCAGUGUACCAUUGAAGAUUCUGUUAGAAGUUGUGUAGCAAAGCUGUUCUUCACUUGCUCCCUAAAGGGUCAUUAUUGCCUCUACAGUAAAUCCAGUUUUAUUCUCAUCAGCCAAGAACCUCAGCCGUGGAUCCAGAUCAUGUUCCUAUUUCAGCAGAGCCUGUUUCCUGAGCCCCUGUCUAUACAGAGCCAUUCUGUGCAAUUUCUCAGAGCUCUGUGGGAGAAGACCCAGGCAGAGGGUGCUCACAGCUUUGAAACAGCCAUGAUGGAGUCCACAUUCCCACAGCAGAAGGAUCUGGACCAGGUACAGCUGCAUCUGGAAGAAGUGAGGUUCUUUGACGUGUUUGGCUUCAGCGAAGCAGCAGGAGCGUGGCAAUGCUUCAUGUGCAACAACCCUGAGAAAGCAACUGUUGUAAAUCAAGAUGGCCAGCCUCUCAUAGAAGGAAAACUUAAAGAGAAGCAAGUCAGAUGGAAGUUCAUCAAAAGGUGGAAAACCCGCUAUUUUACACUGGCUGGAAAUCAACUUCUGUUUCAAAAAGGAAAGUCUAAAGAUGAUCCUGAUGACUCACCAAUAGAACUCAGCAAAGUACAGAGUGUGAAAGUUGUGGCCAAGAAACGCAGGGACCGCUCUCUCCCUCGGGCUUUCGAAAUCUUCACAGACAAUAAAAGCUAUGUUUUCAAGGCCAAGGAUGAGAAGAAUGCAGAAGAGUGGCUCCAGUGCAUCAAUGUGGCAGUUGCCCAAGCGAAAGAGAGGGAAAGUAGGGAAGUAACCACAUAUCUGUAGGGAUUUGCAAGCCGACCUCACACCAGUUGUAUACAAUGGGCAUUGCACUGUCAUUGCCAAUGUCAGGAAAAAGAGAUAAAUUCACCAUGUCAUGCUGUUUUUUUAUUAAAUACCAAUGGAGCAGUUUUCCCCAAGAAUCAGGACCUAAAAGUGGCAAGAUCCUGAGUACAUUUCAGAUCCACAUGGCAUUUGCAUUAACUCCAGAAGAGCUGUGUGAGGCAUAUGGGAAAAGGAGCUACAGAUGGUAUGAAGCCAGAAAGGGGAGAGUAGGGAUCUAGAAACUUCCAUAGACAUGUUAUUGUACAUUGUAAGAAAACAACUUUAAAAGAUACCUGAACUACCUAUCCUAAGGGAAGAUUACGUACUUCUGAUGAAAAAUAAUCUGUCAAAAGUAUUAAAAGAAGGGGCUUCCCUGGUGGCGCAGUGGUUGAGAGUCUGCCUGCCGAUGCAGGGGACACGGGUUCGAGUCCCGGUCCAGGAA